GAUUGCAGUACUUAAAUUUUGCGUGUUUUAAAUACAUCACUGUAAAACUGUAUUCAUGUGCGUUUUAGAUAUUGCAUUGUUGCGCGUUUUAUUUUAUAUAUAUAAUAAGUUAGACAUACUAGUAAUAUGCGUAGAUAUUUAUGUUUAUGUUGCAGACUUUUAUGCUUAUUCAGUCUCAUGGUUAUAAACAGCUAAAUAUUUCGAAACUUAUCAAUUUGUGUUAUUUGAUAUUCACAUAUGGAUAAAAUUUAUCCAACCUUAUCGGAUUAAACAAGAGCUUUAAUUGUGGGGGUAUGCCAACUUUGUAGUACUUUACACCUGAACUUUUAAGUUCGUAGUGCAUUUGGCAACAUCAAUGAAGCUAAAUAAACACGAAACAUUAGAUUGUUAUCUAAAACAUUAGAUUAUUACUAACUCCUUUACGUUGUUCUGCAAUCGCAGACGAAGUUGACUUGAAAUCCUGAGCUAACGUUACAUACUGUACAGGCCUAACGUUACUUGACCGGAAUCUGUAGAGGUGAACAAAUCAUUUAUCAGCAUCUGUUUCAUUAUGGGGGUUCGUGGUCUUACAAGUUAUGUGGAGGGAAACCGUAAUUUCUUCACAGAUAUGAGACUGAGAGAUUGCCGUCUUGUGAUUGAUGGAUGUAGCUUGUAUUUUCGCUUGUAUUUUACCUCUGGAUUGGAUCAAGCGAAGGGAGGAGACUACGACAUGUUUGCCAUGUUAGUUCAGCAGUUUUUUGCAGCGCUUGCCGAAUGCAACGUGCAUCCCUUCGUGGUGUUGGAUGGAGGAAUGGACCACAUGGACAAGAAGUUCAAGACCUUGGUGGAGAGAACUCAGAGCAAGAUCCGGGAAGCCCACUCUCUUUCCCGAGGAUCCAAUGGUUCUGUUCUUCCUCUGCUUUCACGGGUUGUGUUCAUACAAGUGCUUUCCCAACUUGGCGUGCCGCUGGUGCAGUGCAUGACCGAGGCUGAUUUCGAGAUUGCCUCUUUGGCCAAACACUGGCACUGCCCGGUUCUGAGCAACGACAGCGACUUCUAUAUCUUUGACUUGCGUGGCGGCUACCUGCCACUUACAUUCUUCGAGUGGAAUAAUGUUAGUGGCAAGCCCACGGAACGUUACAUUCCCGCCCGGCAUUUCACCGUGAACCGCUUUUGCUCGCAUUUGAACCAUAUGAAAAAGCAGCUUCUUCCUCUAUUUGCUGUGGUCGCUGGUAACGACUAUACACCUGACAAAAUUACAGAGGCGUUUUUCAUCCGCGCUGAGCUUGAACACGUUCCAACGGGUCGGAUGUCAGGACGUGGUUCCGGUCCACGACUCGAGGGCUUUUUGCUCUGGCUGUCUCGAUUCACUACCCCUGCAGAUGCAUUGGAGGAAGUACUGGAGAUUUUGGGCGGGCAACAGAAAGGAAACAUACGUACGCAGCUCUCCGAUGGAAUACAGGACUACCAGCUUCCUCGCACUAGCAGUUUGGCUCAGUACUUUACAAGUCCCCAACCUGCACUACCCAACACUCAGGGGUUCAGCCGCACAGCAGUGCUGGCUUCCCAGCCCGAGUGGCUUUUAAGGGCGGUUGCAUCGGGUAAGCUGCCCUCCUUAGUCUUGGAUGUGCUUGUACUUCAGAAGGUUUUGCUGAUGGCGCAGGUAGAAAACAGUCAGCUGCCCAGCAGUCAUUUGUCCUCUUUGAGUAUUCGGAAAACUAUCUACGGCCUGCUGUUCAAAAAGUCAAGACAUGACGGUCAGAGGCAGCAGACCAUCACCCAGAGAGGAAGAGGGAGGGGAGGAGGUGAUCCAAACCAACAGUCUCAGGGUAGAGGACAACAGAAUGACAUCCAUUAUGUUGAAGAGUAUGACCGACAAGACCUCAAUCUGAAAAAAAACACAGUGGAGGCUCAUCUACCCAGCGUGCCACAGCUGAAUCUUACAGCGCUUGACAAGGUUCCCACACAUGUCAGACUGCAGGUGUUGUUGGGAACACUGGGUGUGAUGGACCAUGUUUUACAGCCAGUACCUCUUCACCUGAGCCUUCCAGUGUGUGUGAUGUACUUCUGGAGGAAUAACUCAAAACCAAAGCCGAAUCUCCCAAUGCUGCAGGCCAUGUUGUUGGGACUGGUGUAUGGGGAACUCAGCUGGAGAAUGGUUCAUCCUGAUGACCCACUGUAUGGCAGCAAAUCUGCUGCCACUGUGUGUCAGCGAUUAUCUCUGCUGAGGGUCAACCCAGGACAAAGGAGGGGCUUAGAUCUGGGUGUAGCCCAUUUGCUCAGCCAAUGGCAAUCCUGUAUGUUGGCGGGACUUUAUCUGAACCAGUUAUUGUGUUUUCCUCUACCUGAACCUCAGUGUGCAUGGGUGUUUAGUGGUACACUGCUGCAUGGCCUUGCGGCUGCCAUAAAAGGGGGUCAACAUCCUGAGUCUCUUCUUGCUGGGGACAGUUUUGCUCGGCAGAUCUACUCCAUCCUGCUGCAGGCGUUAAUGGGCACUGCAGGUUUAGUAACACCAAGCAGCAGUAAGGGAGGAUGGCAAAAACAGGCUCAACAAAGAGGGAGGGGCAAUGGGGGGAGAGAAGGGGCCAGUGGAGGGAGAGGAGGGGCCGGUGGAGGGAGAGGAGGGGCCGGUGAAGGGAGAGGAGGGGCCGGUGGAGGGAGAGGAGGGGCCGGUGAAGGGAGAGGAGGGGGCAGUGGAGGGAGAGGAGGGGCCAGUGGAGGGAGAAGGAGGGGCAGUGGACAAAGAGGGAGAGGCAGAGGCAUGAUGUCUGCAGACAGUGAUUUUGAUAACAGGUUUGCACUGUUAACCUUUGAGGAUUACUAUCAGGGGGGUUGGGCUUAAAAAGUGGAGAGGGAAUAGAUGGAUGGAUAGAUGCUAGUUUAGGAGGAGAGGUUUAAAAAGGAAAACAGAAUACGAGAUACAAUUUUUUUAAACUAAUUUUGGGAGUUAUCCUUGCCUUUUACUUUUUACAAAAAUGUGGCUAAAGAUAACCGGCUCUGUUUCUGAUGACAGCACCGGCGUUUACCUACUUCAGCAUACUUAAAUGGAUAGUUCAUCCAAAAAUGAAAAAUCGGUCAUAAUUUACUCGCCCUCAGGUUGUUUCAAACCUGUAUAGAUUUCUUUGUUCCAAUGAACACAAAAAAAAAGUUGGAAGAAUGUUAGCAAUUUUCAGUUCUGGGACAUCAUCCACUACCAUAGUUGUUGUAUUUUUUUGUUAUGUUGAACACAAAAUACAAUAUUUUUGAAGAAUUUAGGAAAACAAAGCGUUCUCAGGCACCUUUGACUACCAUUUAAUUCUUACUACUAUGGUAGUCAAUAAUGUCCCGAAAUUGAAAAUUACUAACAUUCUUCCAAAUAUCUUGCUUUGUGUUCAUCUGAACAAAGCAAUUUAUACAGGUAUGAAAUUACAUGAGCGCGAGUAAAUGAUGACAAAAUUUUCAUUUUUGGAUGAACUAUGCCUUUAAGCAACACAGAUGUUUAAUAUGACAGCUAUCAUCUUGAGCUUGCUUGCACUAAGUUUGCACUUGCACUGAUGCUAUUUUUCAGCUACAUUAUGAACAUUUAUUGUAACCUUUUAUACUGUUUAAUUGAAUGAAAUGAAAUGUCAACUUUGUAUAUUAUAGAAUGAUUGUCAAUUUUGGGACCAAUGUUUUUAUGUGAAUCAUUUUUUUACUAAUUUAUAUAAUGUUUUAUGGUAUGCCUGUUUUGCUAGUUUUAACAAGUAAAUUUUAUGUUCUUCCAUUUCAAGGGAUCUGAACAGAUAAACUUGUUUCUUGUGCAGCUAUAACAUGCUUAAAGACAAUACCUAAUUGUAAUUUCCCUGUGGAAUGAAUUUGGACUGAAAUAAAGAGCCAUGUUGUCAA